GCGCUCGCUGAUUGGACCGGGGGCAGUGCCGGGCGGUGCGCGCGGCGCAUGCGCAGAUCCUCAUGUGGAGGGCGGCGGCGGCGCGCGCGGGAGGCGGUGUUAUCGGGAGCGCGCUCGGGCCGCGAUCCCGGAGCCCCGGCGAUCCCAGCAGCUGGACCUUAACACGUUGCCCUUUUCCACGUGAAGCUCAGCCAUGACUGACCAAGAGUUCAUUCUGUGCAAGUGGAAGAGGCGUUUGUGGCCAGCCAAGGUUUUGUGCAAACCUGGAGUUGCUGGGGGCAGUCCUGUUGCCACCACAAAAAGGAUGGGAUUGAAAGCUGAAAUCCUUGGCUUGGAGAAGCAGGUCAGUGUGAGCUCUGCAAACAUGGUUCCCCUGACGGAGGAGAGGAUCAAGGCCAUCGCCUCCACCUUGGAGCAAAAGAAAAGCGUGAGUGAGGCCGUGGAGGAGCUGCAAUAUCGCUGUUCCCUUAAAAUUGCCCUGGAUAUUCUCCAUCAGACUGACUCCAGCAGUCAAAUGCCACCUGCAGAAGGACCAAAUCCCGAAUUUUCCCGGGAGAAAUCUGCCCCAGCCACCCCCUCCCAGAGCUUCUUGUUGCGCUCUCGCUUUAAAAAGUUGGAACCUGAGGCUGCCAAGGGAAAAAGAAAACCCCAGAAUAACUUCGGGCUGAAGGAUGAUCCCAAAGCACGCGGCCAGGGAGGUCCUGUGGCUCCAGGGGGGAGUGGAAAAGCACCUGGAAGGGGCACAAGCCCUGCCAGGUGUGGUGCCAGGAACUCGAGUGUGGCACCAGCCCCUGACAGUCACAAGUGCAAAAAUCCAGAACCAAAAUCGUCACCCAGACAGAGGAAAAUCCAACCCAAAAUAGGGAAUGGAGUCUCCUCUAAGCCAGAGGUUGGAAGAAGUCAGCAAGGAAGGAAAAGAUGUAGGGAUGAUUCCCCCCAGGAUCAAGCACAGGUGGCUCCUGAGGAGGGGUCUCCCUCUGUCUCCUCUAAAUCUGGCACCGUGGAACCUUCCAGAAAGACAGGAACUCAGCCUGGGAGAACAUUCCUGGAUUCCUCCUGUGAAACUGCCUCGGACGAGUUGGAGAAAAGCAUCAGCAGCGAGAGUGAGAGCCUGGCAAAGCAGCUGCAUGGGAGGAGAGAGGCGGAGGGUGGAAAACACCUGGAUGGGGCAGGUGUGGCCUCAGGCACAGACAGGAAAUGGAGGAACCACCCCGGAUCCUCACCUGGGCCUUCUGGUGCCUUCCCUCAGCCUCAGGAGGAGGAAAAGCAGGAUCCCUCACACCUGGCUGGGAAUAAAGCCCCUGACUCCGAGGAAGAUGAAGGGCUGGAACUCUCUGGGAUGUCUUCCAGGAGAGUUUCCUCAGAAAGCCUCCCUCCACUCUCACCUCUGGCAGAUGAAGAGGAGGAAGAUUUCCCAAGCGUUCUGUCCCAUCGAGAACCCAAAUUCUUCGAGGAAGGGAUGUUGGUGUGGUGCAAGCUGCGGCGGUAUCCGUACUGGCCAGCAGUGGUAAAAACAGUGAAGAGGAAGCACCGGAGGGCCUGUGUGCUCUUCAUAGAUGGCACCACAAAUGAGAAGAAAAAAGGUUUUUCAGUGUCUCUGAAGAGCCUGAAACACUUUGACUGUGAGGAGAAGCAGAAUCUCAUUGAACGAGCCAAGGAGAACUAUUCCAGGGAAAUCGAGUGGUGCCUCCAGCUGAUCCGGGACUAUCGGAUCCGAGUGGGCUGUCAUUCUUUCACUGGAUCCUUCCUGGAGUAUUUUGCUGCUGAUAUCAGCUACCCAGUGAGGAAAGAGGGAUACCAGAGUGUGGUGCAGAUAGCAUUCCCAAAUACAGGGGAGGAAGGGGCUGGACAGUCUUCCUCAGACACCUCCCCCCAGAAACCCCCAAGGAAGCUCCUCCCUGACAGGACCAGAGCUGCCAGGGACAGGGAGAACAAGAAGCUGGUGGAGUUCAUAGUGAAGACCAAAGGGGCUGAAGAGCAUCUGCUGGGCAUCUUGAAAAGUGGGAAACAAUCCCGUUGGCUGAAGAAAUUCCUGAAUUCCAGCCGGUACAUGACCUGUGUGGAGACUUACCUGGAGGAUGAGGAGCAGCUGGACCUGGUGGUGGGCUACCUGAAGGAGGUGUGUUUUUCUUUCCAGAGAGAGAGAGUUGUUUGAUGAACAAAUCCUGGGAAGCAAAAAGCUCAAGACUGAGCCAGAGCCUGCAGAGAGCUGAGGAGUGGCCAGGACUGUCCUGGGCCAGGUGUAAAUAACAAGUGGUGCUUUGUAUAAAACGUGGCAUUCUUUGUAAAGCCUGUGUGUAUAUUCCCAAAUCCUCUGCUCCCAGCCCUUGCUGCUUCCAUGGCCUCACUGUGUUCAGGAUCCACUGGAUCCUCAUCCAUCAGUGCCCUCCUGGGGGGCUGCCAGAGACCCCCAGUGCUGUGCAGAGCUGCUGCUGCUCCACCACUUCCACGUGGGUUCUUUUAGCCAAACACCCGACGUGGGAAGGGAUCUUGUCCUGCUUUGUGGUGCCUGGUGGGCUCCUUGCUCCUGCUCAAACCAGGGGGUUCCUGGUGGGGAAGGCUCCAGGGGGUUCCUCCUUCCUGCCUCGUGGAUCUCCAAGGGUGGGAAAUCAGAGCUGCCACCUGGAUGACAAAGAUUUGGGUUCUUCUUUUGUUAUGACAAGUAAAAUUCCGUGGGGAAGGAAUCAAGGUUUGCUUAAAAAAAAACCAUUUCUUCUAACUGAACCAGUGGAAUGCUGGAUUAUUUCCUCCUCUGAAUUUUGGGAGGCUUUUAAUUGUCUUUUUCUCGUCUAAAUUCCCAAUUUAAUCCUGCCCAGCUCCCUGCUUACCUUUGGAGCUGUGGCACAUGGAAGCAGUGUCACCAAGAACUAAUUAAUGAUGAAUAAUGAUAAAUGAUACAUAAAACCCCCUGAUUAGGGUUUCUCUGAUAAUGAAAUGUGAUCUCCUUGCUUGUCCAAUAAAACCCAAGAUGAUUUGAAAUGAAGAAGUUGAAAUUGGGAUCCAGAUGUCUAUCCUGGCUGUAGUAAUUAUCUGAAUAUAUUUUAAUUACACUUUUAAUUGCUCUGUGCUCUCUAA